AUGACUUUCCACUGCAGGCCAUGUGCUUUCUUUUGCACCGCUUUACUGCUCACAGUGGUACUGACCAGUCCGGCCUUGGGAGAUGGAGAACACAAGUGUCCAAAGAAUCAGUUUUACCUGUUUCCCUGUCGCUGCCUUUCAGGCGGCUUCAAGGGCAUCAGUCUUCUCUGUGAUAACUCCAACCUGGCCACCUUUGCUUUGGCGCUAAGCAACGUCAAAGAGCCCAUCAACUCGCUGGUGGUUACUAACUCAAACAUCACCCGACUUGUUGGUCAACUCUUCAAGGAAAAAUCAGUCCACUCGCUGACGUUUCGGCACAGCAAUCUGCGCGAUGUGGACAGUGACAGUUUGACUUGUCUCAAGAACGACAUUCGUUCGCUGUCAUUUGAGGAAAAUCAGUUUAAAAGUAUUCCCGACAGCAUAAAUGUGCUUCUCAACCUGACCAGAGUAGUUUUUGCCAACACUGCCUCGAUCAGCGAAGUGAAAAGUGGUGCAUUUAAGAAACUGGUCAAUUUGAUCGAAGUUGAUCUGCACAACAACUCUAUCAAAAAGAUUGAAUCGGCCACAUUUGCCCCCUUAGUAGUGCUCGAACGACUGGACCUGAGUCACAACCAGCUGAGCAAACUGGAACGCAAUCUAUUCCGCACCAACAAGAAGCUUAGUUAUCUUGACUUGUCGUACAAUAAAUUUAAAGAAAUUGGAACUGAGCCGAAACUCUUUUCAAACGACGACCCGUAUCAAGCUGAUUGA